AUGACGUUCUACUAUCUGUCGAAAGACCUGGAACUUGGUCCACCACUUGCGGUGGUGACACUACAGACCACCGGUCCCGCCGCUGCGGUGAUCGCUACCAUGGUCCCUAACUCCAACUCCGACUCCGACACGGAGAGCAGCACGGACGAAAGCGCUUCCACCUCGUCAACAGACGGCUCGACCAUUUCCGUCCCCGUGAGCGCCAUUAAACCUUCUCCACCUGCUAGAAAGCCAACCGUAUCAUUCAGACACCUCUCCUUCCUCUCCGUACUACGCCAAGUCGACCCUCACGCUGCACACCCCCGCGCCAGCUACCGCCACCAAUUUACCUGCCUCCACGGCGCACAGCCCAGCUACAUCAUACAGGGCCCCGGCCUGCAGGGACUCUACUACAAGCGCUGCGACGGCGCCUUCGUCAACGCACUGGGCGAACAACUCACCGUACCCAGCAACGUUCACUCCUCAGCCGACUCCUCCUCCAACACCAUACAACCGCCCAAGCAAGAGCGAGUCACAGACUGCACAAAUGCCGCGGUAUCUCAGCCCAGCAUCAACAGCACCGCCAUCUUCGACACCUCCCUCGCCGCCUCGCCCGCCGAGAUCGCCGAGCGCGCCUGGCGCCGCAUCCACACAGACGCAGGCCCAGACGCUUGGCGUGAGGUGAAGGCGCUGAAGAAGCGGGCGCAGCGGGAGGAGCGACGCGAGGUACGCGAGGCUGCGAGAAUGGAGAAGCGCGCCGAGAGGGAGAGGAGCAGACAGCAGCGGCGAGAAGAUGAGGGUAAUAAUGAGGAGCACAGGACCAAACUGGGCCGUGCCGUGAAGGAGAAGGUCAGGGCGGUGGGGUCGAAGUGUCUGGAGAAGGUGGCGUUCUGGGGCGCUUGA